AAGAAAAAAACAUGUAUAAACGGACACAAUAAUAAUAAUAAUAAUAAUAAUAAUAAUAAUAAUAAUAAUAAUAAUAAUAAUAAUAAUAAUAAUAAUAAUAAUAAUAAUGGGAAUUUCAACGCCAAGAUAAGUAAUGAGCUACCACCACCAUCACCACCACCAUCAUCAGGCCAGUAAUGUGUGGCGAGGCAGCAGCAGCAGCAGUAGCGGGCCGCCGUGGGUCGCCGCCCCGCCCCUGGCCGCCGCCGCCGCCGCGCCGUGCCCCGCCUGGUCCCAGGAGCCUGCCGUCCCCGCCGCCGCCGCCUUCCCACCGCAGUACUUCCCCGGGGACCAUGAAGCGGGGGUGCGUGGCCCCCUGCCCCCGGGGCUGGCCUGCCGUGCCAAGCUGGAGGCGCACCCGUGGGCCCCCGCCCCGCCGCCGCCGCCGCCGCCGCCCCCGCCCCAGCAACCCAUGGGCUGGGGGGGUGCCGGACCCUCAUGCUGGGGCGGGGCGGGGCUGGGGCAGCAGCAGGGCCAGUGGGGGGCGAUGUGCCCCGCGGGGGAGCCGCCGCCCCCACCGCCGCCCGCCGACCACCACUACAACAUCUACGCCACGUCCGUGUACAUCCAGGGCACGCCGCCCCCCCGCCCCGCCUGCCCGGGGCCCUCCGCCGCCCCCGCCGCCCAAGCUUCCGCCCCUCCUGCGCCUCCGCCCCCUCCGCCGCUUACCACCGCUGCUGCAGCCGCCGCCGCCGCCUCCACCGCCUCCACCUCAACCCCACCCGCCGCAGUGAAGGCGCGGCGGCGGCGGCGGUGGACGCGGCGGCGCGCCGUGGUGCACGCCUGCCCCGCGGCGGGCUGCGCCAAGACCUACGCCAAGUCGUCGCACCUGAAGGCGCACCUGCGCACGCACACGGGCGAGAAGCCGUACACGUGUGACUGGCGCGGCUGCGGCUGGCGGUUCGCGCGCUCCGACGAGCUGACGCGACACUACCGCAAGCACACGGGCGACCGUCCCUUCCAGUGCAGGCUGUGCGAGCGAGCCUUCAGCCGCUCCGACCACCUCAGCCUGCACAUGAAGCGGCACCUGGCACUGUGACGGCCGGGGAGGCACUGGUCACCUCUUCCAGUGCAGGCUGUGCCCCGACCACCUCAGCCUGCACAUGAAGCGGCACCUGGCACUGUGACGGCCGGGGAGGCACUGGUCACCUCUUCCAGUGCAGGCUGUGUGAGCGGCCACCCUUCAGCCGCCCCGACCACCUCAGCCUGCACAUGAAGCGGCACCUGGCACUGUGACGGCCGGGGAGGCACUGGUCACCUCUUCCAGUGCAG